GAGAUUUUUCACAGUUUAACAAUUAACAUCAAUACUUGAUUUACGACCUCACAUUGAUUAACUCGGAACAGGUUUAGGUUGAACGGAUACGACAUAUGAAUAAGGAAUAGAAUCAUAAAUAAACGACAGUAUUUUAAUUAUACAUAUCAACACUGAUUCGUUAGCGAAGGACUUGCAAAGGCAGCGGGUGUAUUUAAGAGGAAACGCAAAGUAAAAACAAUCAGAAUGUCAGUCAUGUUUCGCCGAGUUUCAACCGUCAAGCGUCCAAUGAAACAGAGUAGUGAAAUAAAUAAACGUGAUAUGUCCUUGAAGAAAAAGGUCCUCAGGCGCGUACAAGAGCUACCUGACGACGGCAAGAUUCAAGUGACGUCAGCCUGGAAUAUUGACGUAACGGGUCAACAGUUCAGGGUCGCGUUUUCACGUGACAAUCUUCAUGUGUGGAUCAACGGAAAGGCGGUUGAGACCACAAGCUACAUAACAGACAAGGGCUACGACGUCGACCUGUUUUUCAAAAUAUCUGGUCAAGAGGGGCACAUAUUCAGCGAUGUUGAGGGCGCUGAAAUGAUAAACUACCUUCUCGUGGAAGGUGAAAUGAAGGGCCAGGACUAUCAGGUCGAGUCGUCAAAAUGAUUGUUUCCAUGCCAAUAUAUAAUAUGACCGGAUUAUCGUUGAAAUGACGUUUUAAAAAACUUUAUGUAUUUUAGAUGUGUUGUGAGGAUGCAAUUGUUAGCAAUUUGUACUUAAAGGGACUCAUUCAUGUUUGAAAAGGUCCGAAAUUUUAAACCCAAUGGAAUAUGAACAAUAUGUGUGUUUCAAUGAUAGAGCAUCAUCGAAAGUUCAAAUUAGAGCUAUAAUUGUUGAUAUUAUUAAAACAUGUUAUAUAAAUUGUAUAGUUUUUCUUAAAAGCGGCGGUUUCAAACUAUUUCAAACUGAUUUAUUUUAGUAUUUGAUAAACAACAUUCUUUUAAACGAGAUUUGCCAGUUGCUGUUUUAUUUCAAUUUUAACAAACUUUAAAAAAAAAUCGGUUGCCAACAUACAAUGUUUGAACGAGUCCCUUUAUCAGUUUAAAAAUAAAUCUAGGUUGGUUUAUUGUAUAGUUCAGGACUUUUUGUAUUUUAAAAUUAGUUUCUUAAGCAAUAAUGGUGAUUGUGUCAUGAGCUUACAGAGUUGCAAGUUUAACAGAUCAUUGCUUAUAGAAAGUUAGUUAAAUGUGUAAUGUUUAAGUUUAAAGUUGAAUGUGUUUUUGUUUUAUUUAAUUUCACGGGAUCAGUUAUUUGUUUGCAUCAAGUAGCAAAAUACCAGAAUAUAUUAUGGAGACAUAGCCAUUAGAUAAUGGCAACAUAGUCAUUACAUUAUGAAGACAUAGCCAUUAAAUAAUGGAAACAUAACCAUAACUCAAUGAAAACACACCUAUCACAUAAUGAAGACAUAGCCAUUAAAUGGUGUAAACAUAAUCAGUACAUGAUAAAAACAUAGUCAUUUAAACAGUACCGUUCCAUAAGGAAGACAUAGCUAUUUAAUAAUGAACAUAUGAUCAUUACAUAAUAUUUAGAUAAUGGCAACAUAAUGAUAACAUAAUGCACACAAACCCAUUAAAUAAUGGAAACAUAACCAUCAUAUAAUGAAAACAUAGCCAUUAAAUAAUGGAAACACUUUUAAUACAACAUAAGGUUGCAAAGAACAUGGAAGAGUUUAUGAAAAAGCAGGUAUUGGCUUAUAAACCAUGAAAAUAUCACGUGUUCACCUUAAGAUUAAGAUGCAAAAUAUUCUACUAUAUUCCAUCAUUAAUAAAAAAAAUGAGAAAUAAACCUUUAAACGUUAAUAAACGUGCAGAAAUUUAUAUUUUCUGGCCAAUAAAAUAGAGCAAUGUUACUACACAUGCGUAGUACAUAACAGUACGUGAUGGCUAGCCACUGAAUACAGAAAUUGAGAGCUUGCCAUUAAGUACAAACAUUAAGAUAUAAACGAACUGCUUCUGUACUAUUUUCAAUGUUUCAUUCAUUCUUAUUUUCGAAAAAAAACGGGCAUGUACUGUGUCGAUGACGUUGUUGAAAUAUUCUGCGGCCAUUUUCCCGAAAAAAAGUAACAACAGGCUGAAAUUUUGUAAUCCGAUAAGACACUUAAGAUAAUAUACCAAUUAGGUGGUCGAGAAGUGUUUACCUAAUGUGGUUUUUGUUGUUAAUCGAGAUCCAGGUAUUGAUUGACCAAUCCAAAAGAAGGUCUUAAAUAGCGUUUACCUGAUGUCAUUGAAGGUAAAAUCGUACCCCUGAUGUCAAAGACGGUCCAAAAUAGCGUAUGUAUUAUGUUAAACGUAAAAAAAAAAACAUGUAUGCCCGAUAUCAAUGUAAAAUGGCAAAAUAUCUGAUGUCAAUGAAGGUAAGAAUAGCGUAUAUCUGAUGUCAAUGAAGGUUAAAAUGUCGUAUAAUUAUCUGGUGUCAAUGAACUCCAGGUAAAAAUAGCGUGUAUUUGAUAUCAAAGAAGGUAAAAAUAGCGUAUAUCUGAUGUCAAUGAAGGUUAAUAUAGCGUAUAAUUAUCUGAUGUCAAUGAACUCAAGGUAAAAAUAGCGUGUAUUUGAUAUCAAAGAAGGUAAAACUAGCGUAUAUCUGAUGUCAAUGAUGGUAAAAAUAUCGUAUAUAUCUGAUGUCAAUGAAGGUAAAAAUAACGUAUAUCUGAUAUCAAUGAUGGUAAACAUAACGUAUAUCUGAUAUAAAUGAAGGUAAAAAUAGCGUAUAUCUGAUGUCAAUAAAGCUAAAAAUAGCGUAAAUCUCAUGCCAAUGAAGGUUAAACUAGCGUGUAUCUGAUGUCAAAAAGGGUAAAAAUCGCGUAUAUCGGAUGUCAAUAAAGACAAAAAUACCAUAUAUCUGAUGUCAAUAAAGGUAUUAAUAGCGUAUAUCUGAUGUCUAUAGAGGUAAAAAUAACGUACGUCUGAUGUCAAUGAAGGUAAAAUAGCGAAUAUCAGAUAUCAAUAUAUCAAUGAAGGUAAAAAUAGCGUAUGUCUAAUGUCAAUAAAGGUAAAAAUAGCGUAUAUCUGAUGUCAAUGAAGGUAAAAUAGCGUAUAUCAGAUAUCAAUGAAGGUAAAAAUAGCGUAUGUCUGAUGUCAAUAAAGGUAAAAAUAGCAUUAAUCUCAUGCCAAUGAAGGUAAAAAUAGCGUAUAAUAAUUAUCUGAUGCCAAAAAGAGUAAAAAUCGCGUAUUUAUGAUGACAAUAAAGGCAAAAUAGGGUAUAUCUGAUGUCAAUAAAGGUAUAGAUAGCGUAUAUCUGAUGUCAAUAGAGGUAAAAAUAGCGUAUAUCUGAUGUCAGUAAAGGUAAAAAUAGCAUAUAUCUGAUGUCAAUGAAGGUAAAAAUAGCGUACAUCUGAUGUCAAUGAAGGUAAAAACACGCACGCCUGAUAUCAUAGAAGGUCCAAAAUGUCGUAUGUUUGAUGUCAAAGAAUGUUGCAAAAUUAAACUUCGUUCAUUUUUUGUUUAUCUUUCCAAAACAUUUAUAAAUGAAGUGAAUGAUUAAUCUUCUCCACAAUAUAAG